AGCAUUGUCUUCCAGUCACAGUUCACCGGUUGCUUUCCAACAAUUAACAGCUCCUCCAGCGCUCUCCAGUGUGUGUGAGGUAGUGUGUGUGAGUCUCAGAUAAAUAGACGUGACUAGUAGAGUCCUGCAUUCAGUGUGGUGAGAACCCGGAAGCAGUACGGAAGCUAAUAGAGCAGAAGUGAAGAUGAAGCAGUUUGUCGUGUUGUUCGCCGUUUUGGCCGUUGCGGCUGCCGCCCCCUCGGAAACCGAUGGAUUAUUGUCCAGCGCACUCAAAUUCGUCAAGGACUGCGGCGACAAGUCAAUGGUGCUAUGCGUCAAGGAACGUGCCCUCCAGUACGUCGACAAUGUGCAGGGCAACAUUGAGGUCACCGAAGGUAUCACCCUGGUCGAGACUGAGAAGCCCGCCACCGGACGCUCCCUGAACGAGGUUGACCUGCCCGCCGAGCCGGAGGCCCGCGAGUCCGAGAUCGACAGCCUGCUGGUUGACCGCGCCGCCCGUUUCCUCGGAUCGCACACCCUCCAGUUCUCCGUGCAGGAGUCGAUCGCCGACAUGCAGCUCCUGGAUGAGGCCCGCGGCAAGAAGAAGAAGGUCAAGAAGCUGCUCCUGCCCCUGCUGCUGCUGUUCAAGCUGAAGGCCGCCGCCCUCCUGCCCCUGGCCAUCGGAUUCCUCGCCCUGAUCGCGUUCAAGGCUCUGAUCGUCGGCAAGAUCGCCCUCAUCCUGUCCGCCAUCAUCGGCCUCAAGAAGCUGUUCGACAAGAAGCCCGAGCAGAGCUACGAAGUGGUCGCCCACCCGCACUACUCGCACUCGACCUCGUUCGACGACCACCACGGAUACGCUCGCUCCCUGGACGCCCAGAACCUGGCCUACGCCGCUCACACCCAGUAAGCUUGCCAUAAACAUGCUGUAGCGCGAUGCGACCACCCCCAGUAACGUGGGUGGGGCUGGGCCCAGCCCGGCCCACCUUUUCCAAACCUUCAUCCCCCCUCAACUGUCUGUCUCUCUGUGGACACUCUCGUCCAAUCCUUCUCGAUUUCGCGGAGCAACCGCCCCGACACAGGACACGAGCGCCCUCCGUGAAAACGGUGGGGCGCUUAGUGAAGACCACAACCACGUUUAGUUAAGUAGGUUACAAUUCGCGGUCAUCCUAACCUUCCCCCCCUCUGUUACAAGUGCUCCUGCCCCACUCUUUCCAAAAACCUUCGGGCGGAAACCAUCUUUCUACAACAAAAACCCAACCACAACCACUCUUAGAUUAAUUAAUUUAUUUGCGAUGAGAAGAUAAACGCGUAUUUAAUAAUUUAUU